CGUCGAGUCGCGGCAUGAACGCACCUGUCAAAACUUGACGCAACGGUCGAAGCUUCGCACCUUCUCGGAUUCGCGAUUCAACUCCCAAGUGCUUCUUACCUUUUUCACGAACAACACCAGCGACAUCAACACGGACAUCUGUCUUUUCACUCUCUUUUGAUUUCAAGCGCCACUCUUCACUGUCGACAGCACGUCGCCCACGUUCUCUCACACAACCAAGAAUCGCACACAGAGCUGUACUUUUUUCAACAGCCGCCGCCGAUAGCUACAGGAAGAUCUUAGACCGGAAGAAAAAUGGUAUUCGGUCCCAUUCCGAAUCGCGAAUACCAUGAAGGCUUCAUGCGCGAAGCCAUCGGCAUGGCCGAGUUCGCGCUCGCAUCGGACGAAACUCCUGUAGGAUGCGUUUUUGUGCACGAAGGCAAAAUCAUCGGACGCGGGAUCAAUGGUACGAAUGCGAGUUUGAACGGAACUCGCCAUGCGGAGUUCGUCGCCCUCGCUGAGAUCAUGUCGAAGCAUCCACAGUCGAUCCUGCACGAGACGGAUCUGUACGUGACUGUCGAGCCAUGUAUCAUGUGCGGAUCGGCGUUGCGGCAGUAUGGCAUUCGUGCGGUCUACUUCGGCUGUUUGAACGAUCGCUUUGGAGGCUGUGGUGGAGUCAUGAAUGUGCAUUCUGAUCCGGGCAUCGACGGGACCUUUCCUUGCUAUGGUGGCCUGUUCCGUGAGGAGGCAAUUAUGUUGUUGAGAAGAUUCUAUGUGCAAGAGAACGAGAAGGCGCCGGACCCGAAACCAAAGAAGAACCGCGAGCUCAAGACAGAAAUUUUGCCAGUGACAGUCACGCCUGUAACUUCAGCGCCAACGAAUGCUGCGGCUGCCAGAGCUGCGCAAGCAGCCAAGCUGGCCGCAAAGAAGGCAGCUCUUCCGCCCCCAACGCAGGCCAACAAGCAAGCAGCGGCACCAGCGACUGCUCCAGCUGCGGAAAAGCCGUCGGUGGAGGAACAAGUGAGCACGAAACUCUCCAACCUCUCAAUCGAAGCGAAGGCGCAGCCACCUGACGCGAGUUCCAAACCAUCGGCGGAUGCAUCAGCUGCUCCUCGACCAAAACCACGAGUCGUCCUGCCCAAGGUACCCGUGGCCUUGCCCUUGAAGCCAAUUCCAACACCUGUGCUCGGCGUGCACAACGCUACUUCCAAAACAGCUCCUGUCGAGGCCACACCGCUCGCAACGCCAAGAACGCAGUCGCCUGUGAGAAAGGCACCUUGAACGACCAUAGCGAUAGCGUGCGAUCAUCGUCAUACAAAGAAAAUGCUACCCAGCCUCCCAUUCGAUCAGAGCCGUAAGACCAAGACUCGCUCACGACGCUUGGUAGCAGAAACUUGCUCACAUAUCAGAAGACGACCGGGGAGAGGCAUUCCAAAGCAUCCGUGAACCAUUGCAGCCAAUUCACGGCAGUUUUGUACAGCCAGGGCGCACUAGCUGUCGCACUCCGUUGUGGAAGAAGCCGAGCAGCAUAGUCGAGCAGUGGAUCACGAAGCAUGGAGGUAAACUGCGUGUGGUCGGAGCAGGCAAGUGGCAGCGAACCAUAGAAAUACAAGUUCAAUUGAGCGUGUAAAGAAGAGAUAGAGAGAAUUCCCUCAUCGCACUACAAAUACAAGCAGAGAAACAGAACAAGAAUCAGCCU